AUGCGUUCAGUUGUAGAAGUAGGGGCUAGUGUCCCCGCGUUUUUGGGAAAAUUAUGGAAAUUGGUCAAUGAUUCAGAAACAAAUCAUUUGAUUUCAUGGAGCCCAGGUGGAAAAACCUUUGUUAUCAAAUAUCAAGCUGAGUUUGCCCGAGAGCUUUUACCAUUGUACUAUAAACACAAUAAUAUGGCUAGCUUUAUUCGACAAUUAAAUAUGUAUGGCUUUCAUAAGAUUACUUCAGUUGAAAAUGGAGGUUUAAGAUAUGAAAAGGAUGAAAUUGAAUUUUCUCACCCUUGUUUUAUGAGAGGUCAUGCUUACUUGCUGGAGCACAUAAAGAGAAAGAUUGCUAAUCCCAAGACAAUUGUAGCUAGUAGUGAAGGUAGUGAAAAAAUUUUGCUUAAGCCAGAAAUUAUGAAUAAAAUGUUGGCAGAUGUUAAACAGAUGAAAGGAAAACAGGAAAGUCUUGAUGCCAAGUUUAGUGCAAUGAAGCAGGAAAAUGAGGCUCUUUGGCGAGAGGUAGCAAUUCUCAGGCAAAAACAUAUUAAACAGCAGCAAAUUGUUAAUAAUCUUAUACAAUUUUUAAUGUCAUUAGUACAACCAACGAGGGCACCAAACUCUAAUGGUAAUAAUGUUGGUGUGAAGAGACCAUAUCAGUUGAUGAUCAACAGUUCAGCACAUGUUGCUUCAAGUGACAGCUCUUACUCAAGCAAAGCAAAGAAUAUGAAAUUAGACAAGGACGGUGCUUUGGAAGAAAUAAGUGAAGAUAAUUUGGAAGAUGGACCAACAAUACAUGAAUUAGCUCAUGAUGACGUAUUGCACAAUGAAGCUUCACAAGACUCCUUAGACCCCGCUUCAUUUGUGACCGUUGAUAUUAAUUCUAAUCCUCCAAUAUUUAGCGGUCAAAACAACACUGAUCCUUCAGCAUCUAUACAGUACCAUGUCACAAUGGAAGAUGGCGAUGAAGUGGAUACUGAUGGAAAAAUGUCAUAUCCAGCCGGUCGUACAAAAAGUGUAAAAAUAACAACUACAUCCACAAAUUCUCUCCCAGUUGUUACUUCACCCUCUCCAACCAUGCCAUCACCUACAUCUCCAAGAAUAUUCUUGAUACCUCAAAGUAUCCUUGAGCAACCAGCUAAUAACAUGACUACACCUAGCACACCUAAACCCAAAGAUAAGAGCACUGGAAACAAAAAUGUUAUAUCUAGUGGAAAACACUUUCCCUCUCCCAGUAGCUUUAACACAAUGAAUACAGCCGCCGAUUUCAAGUUGCCUGCAGAAAUUUUUGCUAGUGAUGACUCAAUUAGUGAUGCUGGAGUAACAUCUGCUGACGAUCUUAAUGAAAAUAACAUGAUGCAAGAAUCCAUACUCACUGAUCCAGUGAUUUCGAUUUCAAAGGACGAAAUGCUUGGUGGAAUCAACAUUAAGAUCGAAAAACCAACAGAGAAAGCUAAGGGGUCAAAAAAGACAAAGAAAUCCAAGGACAACAAUGGAUGUAACAUGAGUUUAGCCGACAUUAAGACUGAAUUAAAUGAAGAUUUAGACUGGAAUAACAUGACCCUUGCCACAGUAAAUAAUAACACAAAUGUGAACAGGCUACCGACAGUAUUUGUAAGAGAUAACAUUGUGAAACUUCGAGAUGAAUUUUCUUUCCAAUUUGGAUCUAAUUCUUACAAAAAUAACAUUGAUGAUCAUUUGGAUACUAUGCAAACUGAUUUGGAUUCACUACGAGAAUUAUUAAGAAGUGAUGCCUAUUCUCUGGAUACAAAUACUUUAUUGGGGCUAUUUGGAUCCGACGAUCCAUUCUAUGGGCUGUCAUAUAACUCCAAUGAUGAAAGAGCAAAAUCAAGCAAUAAUGCUAAGAAGAAAGGUGAGAUAAAUGUAAGCAGUGACGAAAAUCGCGCCCAGACCCUAUGUUCUGAGGACGAUGCUGAAGGCUAUCAGCUAAUGUCAUAUACAGGAAAUAUUCCGUAUUUUGAGGAUAUAAGUAUUCCCGAAUUGGAGGGUGAUAACUCGCAUGACGCUUCCUUGCCGCCGAGUCCCAUCAGCUCGACGCUCAACACUCCACAGGUGGAGAUUCGAUCGCCCCCUUAUACAGGGAAACCAUGA